GGUGGUGUAUUGGAUACGGCUGGCAAACAAGUGGAUCAGAUGAUUGAUCAGGCACGUUUUCGACAUCAUCAAAAUCGCAGUAAAUUCAAGGAGGCAAUCGACUAUUUGGAUCAGAUUUUCGAAGAUCUCAAAAAAGAAUGCGAUCAGACGGUUUAUAGCGUUCCUCGUCCAUCAAGGCCCCACCCGGCUAACGGCGUAUCGCCGGCAUCAAGGACCCCGGUAACUCCGUUGUCUCAAAAGGCUACUCCAACCGGGUCGAUAGGAGGAGGAAAUGCUUCAAACAAGAACGCGAUCACACCUGUCCGACCUGAACCAAGGCCUAGACUUACUCGUAGUACUCAACAACAACAGCAAGACACCAGUAAGCAAUCACCGAUCAGUCGUAUAGCAGCUGAUCCAUCAGCUGGAAUGCAAAAAUCGCCACGUCCUCAACCCACUCGAACUAAACCAACGUGCUGGCAGGAACCAAUGGACUACGAUUUGGAUGAACGCUCAAUUGGAAGUUGUUCGGCUGAAGUGGCGGCGAUUAAUUCGAUGGAUCGCAAAAAGAGGAGACAGCGUGAAACACCGGAUCUUCUCCAGGAUGCCGUCGUCCCACCGGCAAAACCGGCCAGGUGGGUUCACAUUCCGAACGACGAGAACCUAGAGGGGAAAUCAAUCAACAUGCAACCUCCUCCUCAACAACAGAAGUUCGACAACGCACCCGUUCAACCGGUUCCAAUCAAACCGCAACCACUGCGUCCACACCCAGUUUACGGACUUGCCACAAGCAGCAAAGCGUAUAACUUCAAUAACCACUAUCCACAGCCGUUUCGCGAAAUUAGUGAACGGGUGAAUAGCGAAGGGCAUCUGAACGGUGGUAUCCAGCAUAGUUUCAAAAAAGUCGCAUCUCACAAUCAAAUUUCUGACCGCAAACGAAGCAAUGAAGCAGCAGCACCUCAAUGGCGAGCCAGUUCUCAGGAAACCUGUAAUACACUGAGCAGUGUCCGAUCGGAUGAUAACGCUGUCAUCCAUCGUAACGGUGCAUUCGCUCAAUACACGCCAAACAAUAGUGCAAUGCGUGCUUCUGUGAACAGUCUACCUGAAUCAAGCACUCAAUUGCUAGGGAAAACUGUCGCAAAACAGCCUGAUCCCGUGUUAGCUAUCGAUGCCUUAGUAGCGGAACUUGAACUGAACACUGAUGAGACUAAUUUUACCGACAAGCGGCGCUCUUUCCCAACACGACUUGAGGCAUCUUCAUCGAAUCGUCUGCCAGAAUACGAAAAGUCGAAAAACAAUCAACCGAUUACUAAUGGCACUAGUAAGCUAUCAAAAACAAGUUCUGUUGAUCGCGGUGUGCGACGUGUGAAACAACAAAAAAUGGCCUUCGAUGAAAUGACAAACAUGUUACGCAAUGUGGCUGGUGAUAUUGGUGCUGAGGAUAGCAGUCCACGAUUCCGCAGGAGCGAUCAACUUCGACCGACAUCCGGAACGUCCGGAGCCACCCAAGUACUAUCACCAUUUGAGACGAUCAAUCAGGAGAAAUUGAAUCCAAGCAAAGUGGAAGCUAUGCAAUCGGUUUUCGAAAAUAAACACGAUAUUGCUCCACCUGCAUGGCGACGUAAUAUGUGGCAUGGGCGUCGAGCGAGUAAAGAAGAUGAAAAUUAUUGUGAGAUCAACGAAUUCAGUAAUGCAAAGAAAGAGGUCUCAUCACCGUCAGGUUAUUCACACAUUAAGCCCCAAUCUCCUUCGAGCAAAACUAAAUUCUCAUCAGUAUCCCAGCCACCACCAGUGAAUGUCACAGCACAACAACAACAUCACAGAAAUCAGCACCACCCGAACACAACACAUUCAUCCACAACAAACUCGUCAGUAAUAUCCUCAUCACAACCCUCUUACCGUGCCGCCUCGAACUCACUAUCACGUGAAUCAAUCUCAUCGAUUCCUGCUUUUCCAGUCACUCAACCGCCUUCACAACCUCCCGGUUCAACAAACUCGUCUCAAACCGGUGGUUACUACUCAUCAGGAUCAUCGCUCGGAGCGCAAUCCUCUUAUGCCACAUCGACGAAUCAAUCCUCCUCGCUGCAACGUUCGUCUGGCAGUGGCCAUCGAGGAUCGUUGAACGGAAAACAGUCGAUGUGUUCUAGACCGACCAGUGUUGGUGAUGAUGAUGAAGACGAUGGAUUCUAUGACAAUAUCCAGAUAGACGAGAGGAGAUUCUCGAGUGCCACAGAAACGGAUAAUACGUCGAUGAGUAGCCAUCGUCUUCCUCCUUCAAAUAACGCUGCCGCUAAAGGGAGGUCAGCGGCUAGCGGCGCUUCUUCCACCAAUCGAUUCGGCCAGUUUCUGCGCAAGAUUAGCGGCUCAUCGAAGCCACCAAUGAAUGCCGCCUCGUUGCUGUCGUUGAAUAAGGUUGUGGUGAUUGCAUUUUGGUCAUUGAUUACAAGAUUGUGA